AUGGUUGGAAGCAAGUGCACGAGGAGCAAAACCGCCGUGAUGGCUAAAUCCGCGACGACCCAAAGCCACUCCACCCACGAUCCCGCGAUCGACAUGGUGGCACCACCACCUCUCACCACCGUGCCACCUACCAGACCCGCAGUCGGAUCUAGCAACCUCCGUGGCACCGCCACUGAGCAUGGUGGAACCUCCCAUCAAGGUGGGCUCGUUACCACCACUCACUUAGGCCUGGUCUUGGAGCAACUUCAAGCAUUCCCUCCAUUGCCUCCACGCUCGACGCAUGCUCCUACAUACAGAUCCAAUGAAACCCUAGCCCAUGUGCAAUUGGGCUCCACACACUUCUCUCCUCCCGAUCCACGAAGUCAAGCAGAUCUUAAUAUGAGAGUUGACCAGCUAGCUCAGAGGAUGGACGACCAAACCAAUUUGAUGAGGCAGCUCCUCCACCAAAUAAACUUGGUUCAAAACCUUGACCUUGGACAACCGGGCGAAGAGAGAAUGAUGGAUGAACACACCUAUCGGCAGCUCGAUGGGUACCAAGCAGGUCGAGCAGGAAUGGGCAGACAAGGAGAGGGACAACAACGUGAUCAGCUUGCCGGCAUGUCACAAGCAUCUGCAAGCCACACACAAAGCAACGUGGGAGAAAGACUCGGCCCACGACUUGACGUUUGCGCUUGCCUGGGCCCGCAGGGAAAUGUUCAUGAAAGGCUAGGUUCCCAAGGAGGUCAAACUGACAAUCGCCGCAAUGAGGAUCAUGAAGAGAGGCGCUCCGCUACCCGCUCGCAGAGAAAUAUUCACGAAAGGCUAGGCCCCCAAGGAGGUCAACUUGGUAACCCGCACAAUGAGGACCGUGAAGAAAGGCACUCCACUAAUCGCUCUCAAAGAACCAAUUCUCAUCGCCAAGUUACAGAAAAUCCCUCGCAAGCACGGUCCACCAACACGCCGCCAAGGCAGCGCAACCGAGAAGAUCAACCCUUGCAAACCAACGAGGAAAUUACUCGAUCUCGCCCAAAUCGUAAAGGUCAUCAACGUGACCGACUAGCCAUGUGUGCGGAAGACGUUGAGAAGCUUGUGAAUAACCGACUUCGAGACUUAAAGAUUGGUGGAAAUUUCGAAGAUGCACUACGUGUUGAGGUAGACCGAGCAAACUCAACACCUUUCACCGUCGAAAUUGAGCAGGCUGCUCCCCCGAAACGAUUCUCAACGCCCUCUUUUACAUGCUUCAAAGGCGAUUCCGAUCCCGAAAGCCAUCUGAAGCAUUUUAAGAGCCUUAUGAUCCUCUACAAAGCCAAAGACGCGCUAAUGUGCAAGGUGUUUGCAAUGACUUUGCAAGGAGCAGCUCAGGACUGGUUCCACACCCUGCCAUCCGGGUCGAUUAGCAGCUUCAAGGAGCUUGCUUAUGUCUUCACUAAAGAAUACACUUCUUAUCGGUCAAUCAAGAAGAAUCCUGACCAUCUGUUCAACCUGCACAAGAAGUCCAAUGAAUCCCUGCGAGACUACAUCAAGAGGUUCAAAGCGGAGAGGGCAAACAUUGUAGGAUGUGAUGACCAAAUUGUGUUCUCUGCCUUCAAGAGGGGGUUGCCAACUGAAUGUGAGCUGUAUCGCGAGCUGACCAUCUAUCCUCGCCAAACACUGGUAGAAGUCUUCGCUAUAGCAGAGCGCUACGCAUUAUGGGACGACGACCGGAUCGCCACGAAGAAGGCUGAUCAAGUAGCUAAGCAGGCAAGCCAAGAGAACGGCAAGCGCAGAUCACAGCCUCAUGAAGGUGCUUCAGCAGCGGAGAGCUACACCAAGUUCACUAACCCGAUACACCAGAUCUUGGCCCAAGUAAAAGACAUGCCUUGGUUGAAGAAACCAUCGCCUUUAAAGGGAAACCCAACCAAGAAGGAUACCAGUAGAUACUGCACAUUCCAUGAAGGGCAUGGUCAUUACACAAACGACUGCUUCGCCUGGAAAAGGCACCUUGAAGAUCUAGUCAGAGACGCCAUUGCACGGAAUUCAUCGCAAGGAGGGCUAUCCAGCAAAUCAAGGAUUGUGACGCAGCUAACGAUGAACCUCCACGAAAAAGGUCAUAUGGAUCAACACAAUCCUAGCUGA